GUUGUUAGCUCAAGACUUAACAGCUGAUUUUGUUUUAUUUUUGGUUUGGUUGUCAUAAAAACAAUAACUUACUUUUGUUGUUAUGGCAGCUUAUAAAAGUUUUGCCUUCAAUAAAAUACUUUUCAUAAAUAUAUUUAUAUGUGUUAUAUCUUUUCCUGAAACGGCUGAAUCUGUAAAAGGAGACGCAUUUUCUUUUAAAGAAGUCGAAAUGGCAGCAAAAAGGAUCUACGGUGUAGAUUUUGAAGUCUUUGGAAAAGUACAAGGGGUCUUUUUCAGGAAGCACACAGAAAAGCAGGCUAAAGUGUUUGGACUUCGUGGAUGGUGCAUGAAUACUUCCCAGGGCACCGUGCGCGGCAAACUGGAAGGAGACCAAGAUAAAAUCAACGAAAUGAAAUAUUGGUUGGAAAACAAAGGUAGUCCCACAUCUCGCAUUGACAAGGCGGUUUUCUCUGAGAUUAAAGAGAUUCCUGACUACUCCUACAAAGGGUUCACCAUUAAACGUUAAAAGAAUGGCAGAGACCGCUGCAUGAAUUUCAGAAUACAAAAAUUAUUGGCAAGUUUUAAAAUCAUUAAAUUACUGCAUUCAAAAACAAAACAUUUGACAAUCAACAUUUUUGGAUGCAACCCUGA